AUGCUGGUGACCUAUUUGGAAGCCAGCCGGGACCUUUGCGAGACGGACUCAAUUCUUUUUGGCGCCGCGCUGGCAGUCUGCCGUAUCAUAGGCGCCAAGGUUUCCACGGCUGGACGCGCUACUGGCCAUAGUAGCGCUAUCCCAGCAUGGAGAAGAAGAAUUGAGGAACGUAUCGCAAAGGCUAGAGCUCUCAUCGGCAGACUGAUAUGCUUCAGAUCAGGCAACAACAGGCCAAGAAUUGUGCGCACCGUCAGGAUGGCGUUUGCUGGGACAAAUGUCAGUUUGUCCCAGCCGGAUAUAACGCAAAAACUGACGGAGCGCAUAGAUGAUCUGAAGCAGAGAAUCGCUGCUUGGGGAAAACGGAUUCGGCGAUAUACCGAGAGGUCGACACGGUUCAACCAGAAUCGUCUCUUCCAGAGUGAUCAGAAGAGGCUCUAUGAAUCAUUGGAGCGACCAAUGGUAAGUGGAACGGGUCCAGCACCGAAUCAGGCCGACACUGUAGCAUUCUGGCGCGGCCUGUGGUCAGAGCCCGUAAACCACAGCGAGGGCCCUUGGACGGAAGUUGUGGCGAGUCAGUGUGCGGGUAUUACGCCCAUGGACCCCGUCAUCAUAACGCCGGAUGACGUAGCUGAGGCGGUCCGUAGGGCCCCGAACUGGAAAAAGUCCGGGGCUUGA